CCACCGCCUGCCUCAUGGAAGGGGGAAGCCACGGGGGUUCCUGUGGAGCUGCAAAGAUCUGCCCAGCGAAGCAGAAGCCGCACGGUUGCUCGGUCACUGAGGACACCGUCCUCCCCUGCGGCCCGCUGUCGGCGAAUUAGAUGAGAAGAUGGGGACCUUCACGCCGGCAGCCGUGCCCUGCAAGGCGGCGUGGCUCUGAUCUUUUGCCCCAGUCCCUGCUUCCCCCACGGAAAGUCUCGGACCGGCAGCCGAGGGGAGACCGCGAGGACCAGGUGGUCCUUCCCGAGCACGGCCGAAUCCUCGUUCCCGGCCAGAGUCAAAGGUCAUCCGUGCCUGGCAAUCCCUGACAGCCGGCUUGUGGGGGGAGGCGACUCCAGCUUGAGGCCAUGGGGGACUGGGACGUCGCUGGGUAUUUCUGCGGGCUGUUCUGCUGCAUGUGUCUUUUGGCCGCCGGACCCCUGGGCGGGGCCGAGGGGGGCUGUGGCAGCCGGGAGCCCCACAGGUGCUGCCCGGGCAGGAAUAACGCCUGCUCCGAUUAUUCCCAGAGGAGGACGCCGUGUUACUGCGACACCUACUGCGAGAAGACGGCGGACUGUUGUGAAGAUUACCACGCCGUCUGCCAGAUGUCGGCCAUCGAUUGUGUCGCCAGUCCCUGGGGACCCUGGAGCAAGUGUAGCUCUUUGUGCGGAACCGGGAGCAGAGACCGGACCCGGCAGGUCACCGUGCCGCCUCGGAACGGAGGGACCCCUUGUCCGGACCUGAAGCAGAGGAGAGGGUGCCUCGGAGACGACCCCGUCUGCGAUACGGCAAAAGAGGUGGCGAAGAUUCUGCCCGAUUCUUUCAAAAGGGACUUUAAGGACCCCUGGCGAAGACCUCACAUGCUGAGGAAGGAAAGGUUGCCCAGCUAUUGCAUCUACUUCCGCCUGAAGCAGGUGAGUGCCGCCUGUCGCCUGCACUUCUGGAGCAGCCAGCUGGCAAGAGAGCGGCGUGUCUGCGUGGAGUGCCAAGGCGAGGUCGUGGGCAGCAAGAAACGCUGCCAAGGGGACGGACUCCAGCGAACCAGAACAUUCUGGAUUGCAGCAUCCAUCGUGGGCUGUCAGGGAUCUUGGGUGCAAGAGCUUUUACAGGAGAACUGUGUGUGUCCUCAGCUAUCCUUCAUCUUUGUAUGACAUUUUGCCAAGCUGGGUGACCAUCUAACCAGAAGACAGAGAGAGAGAGAGAGAGAGCCACAGUUGGCCAUUGUGGAAGGCUGAAGAAGUGAAGGAGACACCAAAUGCAAUUUCCAUGCCACUCCGUACCUCAGUUUUGCUACCAUUCUCAAAUCACAUUGUUCUUUUCUCUCAUACUGGCCAACUGGCUAUGUAUUAUUUCAAAGCACAAGGACUUCUCAAAUCAUUCUCUUAACAGCAGCAAAGAAGUGUACCUCCUGAAAGCCAUAGCUACCUACCUCCAGAGCUGCAGCUAAUGUAGAAGGCAUCGCUUAUUCCUCUUUUUACUGCGGUUCCAAUUUUUAUUUAACCCAAGAAACAAAAUGGCUACACAGUUCUGAACUUCUUCUAAUGGAAAACCCGAAGGGCAGAAAUUUGCGUGUGCUUAGGACAACUCAGCAAUCAACAUCUGAGCCUAACAUUUUCUGGGUCACGUCCCAAGUGCCUUUUGAAUGUCGAAAGAGGAAGAUGUAUACCAGAAGCCCUAACCUUAAAACCAGUGGUCAAUGAACUAUUUUUAAAAGCUUAACUCAGAGACAGGAAGUGAUCUCACGACUGCUAUUUCCGAUACAAGAAGUGAUGCCAAAGCUAGAAUGUAUUAUUGUAUUAUUGCCAAGCUGACAGUUGGGAGGAAAGAGCAGUCUGUGCAUGAAGGAUAUUAUUUCUAGAAAUAUUCUUAAAAAGUUAAAAAAGUAUGACUUUUGGGGCUUGAGAAUGUUGGCGGUUCCUCUUGGGAAUGGGGUGUUACACACAAAAUGAGCACUUAGAAAUCUAAACGGUUCACGAGAAACGCCCUCUAGGUCUCCAAAUGGCAGCAAGGUGGGUUGUGUGUGUGUGUGUGUGUGUGUGUGUGUGGUGGGGGGGACUGCAGUUCCAGGGUGGUUGUGCAGCCCAUUUUCCACUCUCAAAUUAGCCGCCACCAGACUAUUUCCAGGUUUCUCGUGAGAUUCUCUCAUAUUGCAUCACUUCCCCCUUGGACCCUCUGUUACAUCAGUUCCCUUGUGACACUCUGGUGCUGUUAGUUUUGUUCUGGGUUCACAAUGAGCAUCCCUGGUUAUUUUAAUUCCCCCCCCCCUGACUGUCCCGACUCUGACCCCAACCACGACAAGUCCACUUCCAGAGGGGUCCAAAGAACCCUGAACCGACAUUUAUGGGGUCUGAUCCAGUUGGGUUGGAGCCAACUCUGACUUUUAGGUCUGAGCACACCCCUAAUCUCAUAGCCAUAUGAGACUGGUGAUCUCAUAUGUGUGACUGCAUAAGCUUACUUUCCUUAAGGAAAGUAGGCUAAAAAAACCUGUUAAACAUAAAUAACCCUUUAAAUUUUUCUUUAAAUGAAAAAAAUAUUUUAAUACAAAAAUAGAAUACAAUAAUAAAGAGUAAGGGAGCACAUCAUCGUUACAUUUUGAAUUCCAAAAAGUCAUAAAUAAAAGCCAUCGUUGUACAAA